GGUCACACAUGAUACACAAGCUUCAAGUUCAUCAAUGGCUACAAAACUGAAGUCCAGAAGGAGUGCCCGGGGCAUUGGAUUGUAUAUCAAUCCUGAUUCUGGAUCUCAAGUUCUACAUCCUGGUAUGACAAGCUCAGUGGUCAUUGAUGAGGGUAGAUCCACGAAGGCUGACCUCAACACACGAUUUGCCAUCCCAAAUGAGAAUGAACUGAGGAAAGAGAAGAGGAAACAAGUGCCAAUCAAGGCAGAUGGGGAGAGCUCGAAGCUGAAGAAGGUGGCCUCGAAGCCAUUCAAAGCUCCCAGAGGCAGUGGACAACAAGAUAGUGAAGCAACAGUGCUCAGAAGAUCCCCAAGAAGAAAAAAUGUAGGUUCAACUGUUGGUUCUACUACAACUAGUUGAACUGCUGCAUUUUCUUCUACUUUGAUAGUUGAUGAAUCGUUUUGGAUUGUGGUUCUGAAACCUUUGUUUUGGAUUGUGGU